AUGGGUUAUUGUUUUUUUUCUGGGAAAAUUGAUAGGGAGGGCAUUGAGGAUUCAAUUAAUGGAGCAAAUGAGAUUAUUAGGCCUGGUAGAAACUUCACUUACGAGAUUGAAUUAGACGACGAAAUCGGGACUUUAUGGUGGCACGCUCGCAGUGCUUGGGCUAAAGCUACCGUCUAUGGCGCCUUUGUCAUUUUGCCGGCCACCGGUGAACGAUAUCCUUUUCCUGCACCCACUUCAGAUCAAACAAUUAUACUUGGAGAAUGUUUUAGACAAGAGUUGGCAGAAGGCAGUGUUCCCGGCCAAGCAGUUGGGUACACAAUCAAUGGUCAUCUUUCAGAAGAAUAUGGCUGUAACGAUACACAAUAUCAGCUACAAGUGGACUACCAGGGUCUCUACCUUCUCCGUAUAAUAAAUGCUGUCGCCAAUGAAUCAAUGGUGUUCGCCAUCGCACAACACAGCUUCACCGUCGUCGGACGAAACGCGGCAUAUGCCCGAUGCUCAUUCUUGAGUUCCCUUACAUUAGCCCCAGGGCAGACGCUCGACAUUUUGCUCAGCGCCAACCAAAACGUUGGUCAAUAUUAUAUCACUGCCCAGUCUUCCUCCCGUGGACUUAGUACGUCCGGAAUUUUACACUAUACCACCAGCACUGGUCUUUAG